GACUUUUAACCCAAUGUGGUUAUAUAUAGACCUGUUUAAUGGCCUUGGAAAUGUAUAUUGUCUUCAUAUCUGGGUCAGCGAGCAGUUAAAUCUAGCAGCCGCCGCAUGAUGUUGGCAAAUUAUCUUAUAAAGAAAAAUUCUUAAAGAAAAAAUUUCAACUUUGAUCAGGGUGGACAAACAGUGAACUUUUUGAGGCGACGGGCGUGUUUGUGUACUCCAAGUUCGUGUGCCAGUAUCUGUAUUGACUCAAAACAAAGCAUUGUUUAUCUUAAAACGUACAUUUUGCUAAGAGAUGAGUUAAGACGGUCGUUCUGCCAGAAUGGAUUCAGACAUAGAGACAGACACGGAUAAAAGAGACAUCGUUGUCAUCAUACGAUGUGUUCUCGUUGUCAUCGUGGGUGUCAUCUGUGUUUUCGGAAACCUGCUCGUUAUCAGAACUCUCAUCUUUUUCAAGUACCCGAAAAUUCCCAUGUAUGUAGCAAUAGGAGGCUUGGCUGUUGCGGACAUGGUGCGCGCAAUAUUUGGAGCACCAUAUUUUGUUAUAAUUUGGACAAAAAACGGCAGCAAAAUUCUUACUGCAGAUUGGUGCAAAGCAGUGUCUUAUCUGAGUGAUGUAAGCAUGUAUGUAGCGGCCUGUCAUUUAGUUGGACUGAGUGUGAUCCGUUGUAUUUUACUGAACGACAGAAUGCAUGUGCAUUCGUAUGUGAAGCAUGCCGUUAUUGGAUCCUUGAUAAUUUGGGUAGUGAUUCCCCUGAUGAAUAUUCCCGGGAUAAAAACGUCUUCCAAGAGUAUGGGGGUGUGUGUUGAAGUUGACACAGACUUAGAAACUACAACAGAGCGGAAUCAGUGGUUACGACUGACGUUUUCCUACGGUUUGCCUAUUCUAGUCAUUGCUGUGGUUUAUUUUUUAACUUACUACUUUUCGAAAAAGUUCUUUGCAGAGAGUUACUCGAGGAGGGAGCGUCGUCUUUCGAGAAUGGUUACUCUGCUGAUUUUGAUUUGGGCAGUGUUUAAACUACCAUAUGAAAUUACACGUAUGAUAACAUUUUACAGAUCUCGAAGGUUGGAGCAAUUGCUUACAAACACACCGCCCUCGGAAGUAUUAGAGUACGAGGAUGAGUUCGAGAAAUAUCUCAAUCUUGAAAAAGUGGACAAAAUUAUGGAAUGUGUUUCGUUGGUGGAUUUGGCAGCGAGACCAAUAAUAUAUAAUAAGUUUUCAUAUUAUUUUAGCAGAAGCUUUAGUGAGGUAAUUAACUGCACAAAUUGUCAAAACUCCAAGCCGUCAAAACGUUCCUACAGGAAGCAGCGCAGCGCCGACAGCAACAGCACGAACGUCACUGACGUUGUGGAGGCGCCGCUCAAUGUGUCAAGUAUGGAGAAGUUUACCGGAAGUGAAGAUGAACAGUUUAAUAACAAUGUUACGGACAUGGAUUCUAAGCACCAGGAACCGGAAGCGUCAGGAGAGGACGAAAUUAUUGUUUUGCCGCCAGACGACUUCGUGGAAAAAAUGUUGUCAUCAAAAAUAUAGUAAUGGAUCUCUUAUGUUUGCUGUGAAAUUGCCUUGUUCAUCUGAUGUAUAUACUCAGUUUCUGUGUCAUUUCCUCAAGUGUAUUUCAUAUUUUGUAAAUAAGUGCAUCCCGGUAUAUAAGUACGAAUUCCUCAUGCCUUAAACACGAGAUACCUCAUCUAUAUCUACAUGCUCAACUUUUACUGUAGUUGGAUAUUUAAUAUGUAAUGUAACUUGUACAGUGACCCUGUGUUGUGAGGAAUGGCUUACAUUCUCUCCAUUUCACCUCAUGAAGCUGACGUAAACUGAUAUUUAUCUACAAUGACGGAGAGGAAAAAGAGUUAUUCACCGGCUCUUUAUUUGUCGCUAGAUUUAAUUUAAACAUUAUACAUGCAGGCCUGAAGGAUCAGGGGUGGGGAUGGGGCAUGGGAGCGUGGCCCGCAAUAAUUUUGGCAAUAUAUACUUUACAGUGCUAUAGAAAAGAAAGUUAAAUUACAUUUGAAGAAGUGUAACCCUGUGACCUGUUAGUACCGAGCCUCAAUAUUUAGUGGCCUUGGCAGUCCUUGUUAAGUGGGUUUUUUUUUCUGGCAUUGGAUUUCAGCUCAAGUGACGGGAAAUCUUUCAAUUGGAUAAGGUGACCAUUUGUUAAAUGUAAUGUAUUACUUGCUUUAGCAAGAAACAUCACCGUACAAAUGUGCCAGGUAUUUUCAUUCAUCAUGCAACCUGUCGUUCAAAUCACGGGCAAUCAUGUUCACCUUCAUUUGCAUGUUUUAAUAGUGACAUUUGUAUUUUGAACGGUAGAAAUAACCUUGUCUCGUAGAAGAAAAUGCUCUAGUUUUUGAGAGGUUUUUAAACGACAAAGUUUAGAAGUUUUACAUAUUUUUGUAAAAAACUAAAUUGAAUGGCAUUUUUGAUAUGAUAUGGCUUUAAGUAAAAUUGUUGAUUGUACAUUUUAGUACAAAAUGCAGUGCUGGCGAAAAUAUAGGGCAUAUAUUCCAGAGUAUAUUUGUUGUGUUACAUUUUUCAAGACUAUUCACCUGCGUAAUUGAGAGAAUUUUUGUUAUUGUUCAAUUCCUCUCUGCAGUUGAAACUCUAUAUUCCACUUUUAGCUUACUUAAGCCAGGGGCUCUAAUGAGAUUUCUUGUCGAUUGUUUUGUUAUCUAUCUGUGUUACAUUUAUAUAAUUUUUUUUCUGGAGCCACUUAACAAAUGUCAACCAAGCUUUGCAGAAAGUACAUAAGCAAGUGAAUUGAAGAUGCUCCGACUCGCCAGAUCCUGUCUAGAUUGGAGGUUUCUGAACCAGAAUUAACGAAUUAGGGGUUUCUUGACCAGAAUUAUUGUAACAAAAAAAAUAUGGAUCCUUCUUGUGAAGGCCAACAAUGAAAUUAUGGUCUUUUGAUGAUGCUAGCGCACGUUUGUCCGUUUUAAACAAGGCAUGAUUAACAUGUCUGUAUAGAUCUAAAAUUUUAUUUCAGAUACCAGUACAACCUUUUAAAUUGUUAUGGACAUGUAUGCUUGAUUUUGAGUAUUUUAUUCUUAUAAGGGUGGGAUCUGUGUUGAAACAAAUUCAGUAAUUACCAUGACAAAAAUCACCUAAGAUAAUCGAGCUUUGUGGUCCAUGAACUUUCUAUCUAAGAAAGAGGUUAUAAUUUGUACGUCAUAGAAGAUUAUUUGAGAAUUUUUGAAAGUUUACUAACUUCUGUCUGAGAAGUUUUUGCAACUCAAAAUAUAGUAUACGACGGGUAAAAUUCAUGAGCUGGUGAAGUUGUCACUGUCAUUCUUUUUUUUUAGUCAAGAAAAUUAUGUUUCGUUGUGUAAACCGUGUAACGUGUUUGAAUGUUUUUCAUUUUGAAUGUUCAUGUCACCGCUCAAUUGAAAUAAAAUUAAAAAAUACAAA